GAAGGCAACACUAAAAAGUCCGCCUCCCAACAAUAACCGGAAGUGUAUUCGUCGCUCGGUUGCCAACAAGUUUUGGAACUAAAUUUAACCACAUUUUCCGACACUAAAACCGAUCAAUACAGAAUAAACAAUGUCGGGGCAAUCCAGCAUCGUAGCGAUGAAGAAAAUUGUCCAACAACUUCGUUUUGAAGCGGGAAUAAACCGAGUAAAGGUAUCUUUGGCCGCGGCUGACAUGCAGCAGUUUUGUCUUCAGAACGCCCAGCAUGACCCGCUGCUAACCGGUAUGUCGUCCAGUAACAACCCGUUCAGACCGCAGAAAGUCUGCUCCUUCCUAUAGCAGCGACGCCUUGGCCCUUGUCUUCGGGGUUCGCCUCGACUCGAAUCGCCUCAGGAGUGUUCGGGAAAAUUGCAACCUAGGUUUUUUUUUUUUUUUUACAUUUGUAAAAAUUUCACCAGUAAACAUUUCCAGGUGCUUACGAGACAUUUUUCACAAUUUUAUGCAUGAUUAACAGCAAUUUACUUGGUUUACGGUGGUAACAUCAGUUCCAAAUGUUGUUAUAGCCAAGCGCAACCUUAGCGAGGGCAGUCAAGUCAUAAUUACGGUAAAUAUUUGCAUGAAAAACAGGUCUAGCCUACAAAUAUAAAAACAAAUUAAAAAUGGUCAUUAGAACAAUCACGGAAGAGGCCCUCUUGGGCCGCGUGACCUUGUAUUCUUACAUGUCAUAUGUAACCUUGCAAUGUCAUAAUUACAGUAAAUAUUUGUAUGUAAGACUCGUUGGCCAUAAAUGUAAAACCAUAAUAAAAAAACAAAAACAAAACCUAAUAAAGUGAGUAUGCCUUUAGGUCGCUGAGAUUCUUCAAUUGCCUUGCAGGUUGUAACCUCAAUGUCACUGGGUUGUAAACAUCAUGAAUUGUGAACCUUCUGUACUUAAAAAAAAAAAAAAAAAAAUACCCUGUACUAACCAUA